CAAUGCUCUUGUACUGUAUCGCAACACAUGGACACAGGAAUUACACAAAGAUGUGUUAACGGUCGCUGUAGGGGCCAACUUGACAGAGAGCAUAACGAACCAACGCAAUGAAAAUAACUGCUCUGGCUCGGCCAUUUCACAGCCAACAUGAGGUUGGUCAGCAUGGUGGUCCGGGCCCAGAGGGCCGCAGAGCCAUUGGAACCGGAGUCGGAGGAAGCAACAGAGCCGGUUCACCAUGAGCACUCCCAUCCAGAACAUCACGAGCCCUCCCAUCCAGAACAUCACCCUGGCCAUGACUACAGCCACAUGAAGGACAAGUUCAUGAAUGAAAUUCAUCACCUGCCAGUUCCCAUGUGGGCAGUAGGAGCCAUUGUUGUGGUUGUCCUGGUUCUGGUGGCAUGCUGCGUCUUCUGUCUUUUCAAAAAAUGCUGUGCGAAAAAGAAAAAACCAAAGAAAGUGAGGGAGAGGAAGACAGGUCGCCGCAAAAGGGACCAGGAAGGCGAAGGAGAGGCUGGAGAGAAGGAGGGAGAAGUGAAGAAGGAAGGGGAGGAGGAGGAGAAAGAACAGGAAAAGUUGGGAAGGCUGGAGUUCUCCUUGGACUACAACUUCACAGAUACCCAGCUCAUAGUGGGAAUCCUUCAGGCGCAGGACCUCGCUGCUAUGGACAUGGGGGGGACGUCAGACCCUUAUGUCAAAGUCUUUUUGUUGCCAGACAAAAAGAAGAAGUACGAGACCAAAGUGCAACGCAAGAAUUUAUGCCCUGUCUUCAACGAGACUUUCAUCUUCAAGAUCCCAUAUGCAGAGUUAGGUGGGAAGACUUUGGUGCUGCAAGUUUUUGACUUUGAUCGCUUCUCCAAGCAUGAUAUGAUUGGUGAGAUAAAGAUUCCCAUGAACAGUGUUGAUCUGGGCCAGCCAAUGCAACAAUGGAGAGACGUGGAGAGUGGAGAGAAGGAGGAGCAAGAAAAGCUGGGUGAUAUUUGCAUUUCUUUACGGUAUGUGCCCACUGCUGGGAAGCUGACCGUGAACAUCAUGGAGGCAAAGAAUCUGAAGAAGAUGGAUGUGGGAGGCUUGUCAGAUCCAUAUGUGAAGAUUGUCCUACAGCAGAAUGGAAAACGCAUCAAGAAGAAAAAGACAACAGUCAAGAAAAACACUCUGAAUCCAUACUUUAACGAAAGUUUCAGCUUUGAGGUUCCCUUUGAGCAGAUACAGAAAGUGCAGGUUGUCAUCACCGUGUUUGACUAUGACAAACUUGGGAGCAAUGACCCCAUUGGAAAGACUUUCAUGGGUUAUGGAGCUACAGGAGUAGGCCUGCGCCACUGGUCAGACAUGCUGUCGAAUCCCAGGCGUCCAGUGGCCCAGUGGCACACGCUCCUGCCCGAAGAAGAAGUCGACGCGGCAGUCAAAGCAAAACCUCGCUAGAGUCACACCUGUCUCCGUUCAGAAAACACGCUGUUGAUAUGUUUUUCUGUGUGCUGACCCUGAUGUUCUCUCAAUUUGCACGCUAAAUUCUCCAUACACUUUGUUUUCUGUUUUUGAGGUACUGUAACACGUGUGUACGAGUGCUUGUGCGAUGUACCGAUGUGUUUUUUGUUCGAGAUUUGGUUGUUAUUAAAAGCCCUGCCCCCCA